UGAAUUAACGUCCUGUGAAAAUACUAAUUGCUGACAACUGUUUUUGUCUACAAACGUUUCUGAAUGACAGAUAUAAAACCAUGUUGUCAAAUAAACAAUAGAAUUAUCAAAAACAUCAGGCAACAAUCAGAGCAUGUCUCCUUAUAAUCCGCCAAUCAGUUUUUGAAUACGGGGGAUUAAGUCCCCGUACGUAGACAUCAAGUUUGUUUUGUUGUUCCGGUCUAACUAACCUAGCAAACUAGCUCCAGUAGCACUGGUAGCAACUUGAGAAGAGCCCACAAGCCUUGUCAAAAUUAGCUGCUUAGUUCAAUACAGUUCGGGCAUUUUUAUGCCAACAAGGUGUUUCGAGGACGCUGCGCAUCUUGUUCUCAAAAACCGGAUCUGUGGACUUUAAUACUGGGGUGUCCAUCUUUUUUGAAUAUACCCAGCUAGCACUGGCUUCCACCCUGUGACUCACUGGUCACUGGAGGGGCCCCAUCAGAGCAAGGGCCCAAACUGUAGCUCUAGGUCCCCUCUGUGUGUGUGCUUGUGUUGAGUCGUCUGGAGACUCCUGGGUUGCCCAUCUAAGAUGUCCUCCAUCUUGCCAUUCACCCCUCCUGUGGUGAAGAGGCUGUUGGGUUGGAAGAAGUCGACCAGCGGCCCGGGCGGAGCAGGUGGUGGAGAACAGAAUGGCCAAGAGGAGAAAUGGUGCGAGAAGGCAGUGAAGAGCUUAGUGAAGAAGCUAAAGAAGACAGGCCAGCUGGAUGAGCUGGAGAAAGCUAUCACCACACAGAACUGCAACACCAAGUGUGUCAUCAUCCCCAGCAAUUGCUCUGAAAUAUGGGGACUGAGUACACCAAAUACGAUAGAACAGUGGGAUACAUCAGGCCUAUACAGCUACCCUGACCAAACCAGAUCACUGGAUGGCCGCCUGCAGGUCUCCCACAGGAAGGGGCUUCCCCACGUUAUCUACUGUCGCUUGUGGCGAUGGCCGGACCUUCACAGCCACCACGAGCUGCGUGCCAUCGAGGCCUGCGAGUAUGCCUUCCACCUAAAAAAGGAUGAGGUCUGCAUAAACCCCUACCACUACCAGAGGGUGGAAACUCCAGUGCUGCCUCCUGUGCUUGUGCCAAGACACUCAGAUAUCCUGCCAGAGCUGCCACCUCUGGAUGACUACACUCAUUCCAUUCCUGAGAACACAAACUUUCCUGCAGGAAUUGAACCUCCUAACAACUACAUACCAGAAACGCCUCCACCAGGCUACAUCAGUGAGGAUGGGGAGGCCAGCGAUCAACAGAUGAAUCAAAGUAUGGAUACAGGUUCUCCAGCAGAGCUCUCCCCCAGCACUCUGUCACCUGUCAAUCACAGCAUGGACCUGCAGCCGGUGACUUACUCGGAGCCAGCCUUCUGGUGCUCUAUAGCUUACUAUGAGCUGAACCAGCGAGUGGGGGAGACGUUCCACGCCUCUCAGCCUUCGCUCACAGUGGAUGGAUUCACAGAUCCAUCCAACUCUGAACGUUUCUGCCUGGGCCUGCUGUCUAAUGUCAACAGGAACGCCACUGUAGAGAUGACCCGGAGGCACAUAGGAAGAGGAGUUAGAUUGUACUACAUUGGAGGGGAGGUAUUUGCAGAGUGUCUGAGUGAUAGCGCCAUCUUUGUCCAGAGUCCGAACUGCAACCAGCGGUAUGGCUGGCAUCCAGCAACAGUGUGUAAAAUUCCUCCAGGUUGUAAUUUAAAAAUAUUUAACAACCAAGAAUUUGCAGCCCUGCUGGCUCAGUCAGUCAACCAGGGCUUUGAAGCUGUCUACCAGCUCACCAGGAUGUGUACCAUCCGCAUGAGCUUUGUCAAAGGCUGGGGAGCCGAGUACAGGCGGCAGACUGUCACAAGCACUCCUUGCUGGAUCGAGCUCCAUUUGAAUGGUCCCCUGCAGUGGCUGGACAAAGUUCUGACCCAGAUGGGUUCCCCAUCUGCACGCUGCUCCAGUAUGUCCUAAUCAGCUAAGGAAACGCCCCUCCCAAAAAAACGCAGCCCAUUACGUGAUCAUUAAAUUCUAAACUUGUGCGCCCUUUCAUGGAAAUCAAAUGGAAACUCCACAGAAUGAAAUUUCUGUAACAUUCAUCGUAGUGUUUGUGGGACAGUUCCACAUCCCUCUUUUAACCUUACGCACACACACACACACACACACACACACACACACACACACACAGACUUCUCAGCAAAGAAUUUGGCACUUUGUUACCCAUGUAUGUCAUGCACCUUGUUAAAUUGCUUUUCCUCAAAUCCUUAAUAUUAGAUCUAUUUGUGGUACAAAUAAAAUGUAUAUUGGUUUUUAGUCCAGGAAAUAGGGGAAAUACCAAAAAUAUCUGUGAAUAGUUUCUCAGUAUUGAAGAUUGCUUGUAUGAGUAAGACGGGCUUGAAUGCAAAAAUGAUUUUAGUUCCAGUCCACCUCAACCAUUGUUCUGAACCUGAGUUUACUUUUCUCUUGGAAACUUGGCCCCAUCUUUUGCCAGAGGGAGGUGACUUGGUGAAGAAAGAUGACCUUGGUGGCUGUUCCCCUCUGAAGGAAACGCCACAGUGUGUUUAUUAAAUUUGAUUGAAUUGACUUUGCCUGAGUGGCCCUUUUUUGUAACUCUCGACGUGUGUCUUCAUAAGACAUACUUCUUAAAUGUACAAAUAGGAAUGUUAAUGAAAACAUAAUUCAGAAUCCCCACACAAACUGCAAGCUGAAUCUGGCUGUAGUUUAUUUUGUUGUCAUUAUAUGGCACUCUCCGUGUCCUUGGUUUAAUUGGUUUGCAUCCCUACUGAGCAGCCUGGUAGGGAAGCUAAUGAGAUGUUGACAGGGCUUUGCAAGGUGCACUGGGCAGGGACCAGAGAAUAUCAGCAGUUAUCAAAAGCUUUUAUGUUUGUUCUCUUUUUGACACGACACUGGGAGUCCUGGGGCUCUCCGAGGUGGAGUAUUAAAUGUCUCACCAGGAGAAACUGAAGGUAUCAAUGACUUCAUUCUGUUUUUAGCCUAUAUCCCCAUUGUUUUGCUACUUUUUUGUAUUCUCAUGUAUUUUUAUAUAUAAAUAUACUUAAAAUUUUCUGUCGUUCACUUUUUAUUAAAGUAAUAUUUUCAAGACCACAGCUGUUUGUAAAAUGACCUGAAGGGCAUGGAUCAUUCCUUCAUUUAACCCAAAAAGCUCUGUUUGAAUUCAUUUCCGAUUGCAGCUCUUUGUUGUGGUUAAAAAAAAAAAAAAAAAAAGAAAGGAUCACUGCCCCACAUGAUGUGUAGCCUGUUGCUGUCCUUUUUCUAACCCAAAGAAAUCUGGUGCAUUUAAAGUACACAAAACAACAUAUUUGCCUGGAACCCCAAAAUCGACUUUUCCUGACAUGGUUUUAAUGAUUCCAGAGGCAUGUAAAACUUUGUAAUGGCCAUUCAGUCAUUCACUUCUUCACUUCUUUUUGAAAAACACACGUGACCUCUUGUAGCCUUUUGGUGCUUUGUCAAGCGGGUUAAGGUCAACCAGAUAUAAUUGGCUUUUUUUAAAAUAUUACAAAAGCAAAGGAGCAGAGCAGCUUCCUUCCAUGUGAAGAGAAGAGCGAAUGUGCCUGCACACUGGGACAUUCUGUGUGAAUGUGUGUAUUGUAUUCGUUCUGUCUAUAAAAUACAGUAUGUACAACCAGACUUAUUAGCUUAAACUCUGCCAUUAUUGUUAUUACAAGGCUGUUGCGAGUUUAACAUGUUUCCUCUCCCCUUUUUUUUGAUGUAAAUGUGUUUACCUUAUGGCACUAGUGAUUGUACUUUAAGUGCACCUAGUGAAGUUUGGAUUUGGGGAAAUGAACCAUGUGUUAGGGUCCAGUGUUACAUUGUUUUUAUCUUUGGCCUACAACAUAUGAAUGUGAAAAAAAAAACAUUACAAAAACUGACGUGGACCAGACGUACAUAUACAUAACAGUAGUACAGUAUGUGUGUAUUUAACAGUAAUCUUUUUGCAAAGCAGUCAGUACAGUAGAUGUCGCAGUUGUUUUACCAGUAGAGGGCGGUAUUGAUAGAGCAGUUCUUUUUCUUUCUGACCAUAAGCUUCUCAGGCGUGUGGCAUAUUAUGCAGACUUCAUAAAACACUAAUAAAGAUUUUUAUUCUCAUGA